AUUAAUAAUGAUUAUUUUUUUUCUAGCUCAACUGGACCCGCUAUGUGUCUCUCGUCCUUGAAGAGACAAAUGUUACUCUAGAUUUUGACACAGACACUGUGGUUCUCAUGGACAGUAGUUACUUUCACAAGCUAGCUUUACUGAUAAGCUCAACAAACCACACUACAUUAGAACGUUUUGUCUGGUGGAACAUAUUUUCAUCACUUGCCCCGCUUACAUUACAAGAGUUUCGGGAUCUUGGUUUCCGAUUCACACAAAAAGUGUUUGGUUUAACUGAGAAAACUCCAAGAUGGAAACGAUGCACUUCAAAUGUCAACACCAAUUUUGGAAUGGCUGUGAGCUAUCUGUAUGUUCAAAAGCAUUUCAAUGACAAGUCAAGGAAAAAGGCUCUUGAAAUGGUAAAAGAUAUUGAGGCUGCAUUCACUGACAUUGUGGCUGAACUACAAUGGAUGGACAUGGAGACAAAGAACAGAACAUUGGAUAAAGUGCGUGCCAUGAGACCAUUUAUAGGUUUCCCAGGAUGGUUAUUAACCCCAGGGCAAUUGGAACAAUACUUCCAAGGGGCAGAGGUGGUGGAAGGAAAACUAUUUGAAACAUACUUGAAAUUAAUUGGCAGUUCAAUGAAGAAAAGUUUAGAUGAUCUCCGUAAAGCUCCCGAUCAUGAUCGGUGGGUUACAGCAGCAACCACUGUAAAUGCAUUCUAUUCUCCAGUACUAAAUUCUGUUACUUUCCCAGCAGGAAUUCUACAGCCCCCCUUCUAUGGGCUUGGUUUAGAGGCAUUAAAUUAUGGUGCUAUAGGGUCAAUAAUGGGACAUGAGUUGACUCAUGGAUUUGAUGACCAAGGUAGACGGUAUGACAAGAAUGGAAAUCUCCAGCAAUGGUGGACUGAAAGCACUCUUCAAGAAUACCACAACAGGGUACAGUGCAUUGUACAGCAAUAUGGCCGUUAUCAUGUGCCACAACUGGGACAUAAUUUCACAGUGAAUGGAAUUAACACACAAGGAGAAAACAUAGCAGACAAUGGGGGACUUCGUGAGGCCUGGAGAGCAUACAGGCGGUUUCUUGACAGGCAAAGAGGCAAACCUCAACAGCCACAGAUGGUGAAUAGCAAACAAAACUCAAUAACUUCUCCAUCAAACCAUACACAAAAUGAUACUGGUAAAGCUGAUACUAAAUACAAGGGGCAAAUGCGAAUUGCCAAAGUCCGGCAAGAUGAGCAGCCUCCACAGCAACAUGGUACAGUGCGUCUACCAGGACUAAGCCAAUAUUCACCAGAGCAACUCUUCUUUGUUGGUUUUGCCCAUAUGUGGUGCGGUCAUUCAACACCAGGUGCAUUGAAAUCAAAAUUAGUGGAAGGAGUUCACAGUCCAAAUCGUUUCAGAGUGGUAGGCACACUAUCUAAUUCCAAAGAGUUUUCUGAAGCUUGGAAUUGCCCCAAAGGAAGCCCAAUGAAUCCAGAUGAGAAAUGUAUUUUGUGGUGAAAAUGAAGGCAAAGACAAUACUCCGCCAUUUUGGUACAGUUUAUUUCCUGAGGCUUGUCUUGUGAGCUACAGUUGGAUAAACAUGUCACAAUGACAGAAGUUUGCUUAACCACCAGUAUAGGCUGCAUAGGUAAAUUUCUUUAAAUUUGCCUAGAAUGGAAUUUGCUGAUAUGAUUUACCUUCCAAGCACCCAAGCAGAGACCUAGUUAAUUUAUUAAAAUUAACACUUCGUGUAUAAAAUGUGAUUUGGCUGUGUCUUUAAUACUGGAGACUGAUUAAGUAUAUGCUAUGGCUCAUGAGUGUGCAGUACCUGUGCCAAUGUAUAAUGCAAUCAUCUUAGCUGCAAAAGCAAUUUAAUUAAUACAAUAGAAGAACCAGCACAAUGUUAAAAUGUAGCACCAUAAUGAGUCACCAUACCAAGAAGAUUUUGGUAUGUAGGGGGACUAGAAAUUUUUUAGUAAGUUCAGUAUGGUGAUAAAAGUUUUAAGAAACUAUCAUUCAUUUUAAACUGUACGAAGCAAAAUAUUCUUAUGACCUUCAUAUAAUAUUAUGAAGGGAAGGAUAAGUUAAAAGCACAGAAGAUUCGUCACAGGUUUUGAUGUUACCCCAGAUUUGUUUGCAACAUUUUUCAUGGACUAUGUUCCUACAUUUUGUUGUAAUUUUUCUGUCUUUUGUAUUCAAUAUGGUCCACCAGGAUACAUGUACAUACAGUAUUACUUUUACUUAACCCACAGUUUUGUUAUAAGAACAUAAUUUUAAGAAUAGAGUAGUUCAAGUUCACAGUGAUGUAAUAACUCUUAUGGAGAGUUGAGUUUUGUGUGAAUAUUAACUCCAUGAAGGAUGACAGUGAUAAAGAAGUGAUUUUAAAUUAGAUAAAUGAAAGAAAUAAGUUAUCUAUUGGAUUGGAGAAGAAACAAGAGAUGAAUUUUACCAAAUUUAUCUCUCUUAUAACAUAGGAACUCAAGGGACCAACUACUGAUAGAGAUAGUUUGUAUUGAGGACCUUAAACGGGUUUCACUGGUCUAUCACCAGAUGUAUUAGCCACAAAGUACCUCAAAGCUUGAUACUUAUCACUUAGAAUGUUUUACUUGCCAACCAUAUCAUAUUCACGUAGAAAUGCUUAAAUUGUAAGCAGAAACAUCUUGAUAUCAAUGGCUACCGUCUAUUUGAUACAUACCUUGAUAUCCUUAAAAAUUUUGAACUAUUUGUUAUUUAAUCCUCCUAGUCUACAUUAAGCAGUAACCACUUAAGGGCCAUUGCAUAAUAAUGAAGUGUUAUGAUUCCCAUGUAGUUGUGACAAAAUAGACAGAUUUUAUAAAAAUAAAGAAAAUGUAAGGAAACAGAAUAUUAUCUAAAGAAAGAAGAUUCUUUUAGACUCACUUCAAUUGAUUGUUUGUAAUUUAAAUUUAAUCAAUUUUUAAUGCAUUCAGUUGCAAAAUGUGAAUAACAAAUUUGUUUCUGUGGGGAUAUCACCUACUUGCUGUAUAUACCGCCAACGAAAUGUACUAUUGAAAAUACAAUACAGAUGAUAAUUUUUA